UUCAGCAGCGGCGCCGGUGACUCACAGUAAUUCGGCCGCCGCGACGGGGGGUGGGGGGGACUGCGCGGGACUCUUUUCUCUCAGAUUGACCGCGGGGCAGCUGGGGAGCAUGUCGACCCCGGCCAGGAGGAGGCUCAUGCGGGAUUUCAAGCGAUUGCAAGAGGACCCACCUGUGGGUGUCAGUGGCGCACCAACUGAAAACAACAUCAUGCAGUGGAAUGCAGUUAUAUUUGGACCAGAAGGGACACCCUUUGAAGAUGGUACUUUUAAACUAGUAAUAGAAUUUUCUGAAGAAUAUCCAAAUAAACCACCAACUGUUAGGUUUUUAUCCAAAAUGUUUCAUCCAAAUGUGUAUGCUGAUGGUAGCAUAUGUUUAGAUAUCCUUCAGAACAGAUGGAGUCCAACAUAUGAUGUAUCUUCUAUCUUAACAUCAAUUCAGUCUCUGUUGGAUGAACCAAAUCCAAACAGUCCAGCCAAUAGCCAGGCAGCACAGCUUUAUCAGGAAAACAAGCGGGAAUAUGAAAAAAGAGUUUCGGCCAUUGUUGAACAAAGCUGGAAUGAUUCAUAAUAGAUAACUGGUCUGUUAAUCUUUUUCAUCAUUGUUGUGUAUAAUUUACCUCUCAGUAGAAAGGCUAACACAUUUUAAGUGCCACUGGUUUUAAGGAUUCUGCAGAAAAAAAAAAAGAAAAAAAUCCUUCAGUUCAAAACCUACAAAAGCUUGUGUAUCUUGAUUAAUGUACUUUUUAUUGCAUGGUGUGAACUAAGUUAUUGCUACAUAAAUUUGUAAUAUAUCCUGUUUGUAUUUUUUUCCAAGUGUAUAAUGUUGGUGUGGAGUUUUCAUGACAGAAUAUACACAUUUUGUAAAUCUGUACUUUUUUCAAAUAUUGAAUGCCUUAUUUUUGAAUUCUUUAGAUUUUUAAAUUGGAGAAAAGCACUUCAAGUUUUUUAUAUAUGAAUAUUACAUGUAAAGCUGUUAAAAUACAUAACUUCAGUGCAAGAGACUUUGUCACUUAUUUCCUUAUCUGUGUACGAGGGGUUAAUAAGUCUCUAGCUCUCCGUUAUUUCAUAAUUUCAGUUCCAAUCUCAAAAGAACAGAUUUAUAUUUUAUCAAGAAAUUCUUCAGAUUUGAUUUUAAACACCAAUUAUAAUUUCAGACUUUACUUUGAAUGUACCUGUAUUAGUUUUAAUUGUGCAGUUAUAUUCUUAACUGGUUUGAUUCUUGUCCAACUCUAAACCACUUGUUAUGAUUUCUUUAUGCACUACUUAGUGUUAAACUGUGCCGUUUGCAAUUUCACAUUUAGCACCUCUGCGACAAGCAGAGAGCUGAAGUGACUUAUUUUGCUGCUUAGUAGCAUCUUUAAAACGUUUUUGAUUAAUGAAAUUAAAACCAUGAAUAUUUACCAAAAACAUUUCUCACUAUUAACAGUGAAUAAGAAUUGGUUGCAUUGGUUUGAGCAGCACAACCAGUUGAGCAAGGCAGGUGUUUAGAAGGAAUCUUGGUGUACUUUAAACAUUUGAAAACUGACGCUUGCAUAUCUGUUUAUUCUGGAAAAAUGUUUAACACGAGGACCCGCUGAGUUACUUUCUUUUGUGGAGAUUUUUUUUUAAUCUCCUGAGUUGUGUUAAACUUGUACUGCAUCUUAGUCUACUGGAUCAGUUUAAAACACAGUGUUGUAGAAAGCUGAGACCAAGCUAUCCUUCAAAUAGUAUAGAAAAUGGAAAGUAUACAAGUAAAUUCUAUUGAACCAUCUCUGUAGUCUUUCUAGUAGUUAAAACAGCUACUUUGGUAACCCCAAGAGUUUUUUCUCAUAUCCAUAUAGUUUGGGAUUAAGUUAACAGCUUCUCUUUUGGGUAACUGGGUUACAGACUGGCAAUGUUUCCUAUUCAUUAAGCAAAGUGAAAUAUUGGAAUGAAUAACUGAUGCUGUUACACUUUAAAAAGUUAUUACUUGGCACAUUUGGGGGUGAGUUCAUGGUCUUACGGAUCUUUGAUACAAAGAAGAGUUCAUUGACUAGAAUCAUGGCCAAAAAAAGAAAGCUUUACAUAAAGGUAUUUUGGGGUCAUAAUAUUAAAUGUGUGGUACUUUAUGGUUCAGCUCUAAAACAUGAUAUUUUCUGUAGGCAUUUACUCCAGUAACUGACUUCUUCAAUUAAAUAUUCAGGAUCUGU